CUUCACCGUCCCCCCAACACCCGCCACUCAUUCCGCCCGUCCGCCCCCUACCGCCGUGGUCUCCGCGCGGGCCUUCCUUCCCCCGCUUCCGCUGUGGUCCGGUAACCGCGCUUUUGCCGCACACCGUUGGUUGGUUUCCUUACAACCCUUUGCGCCACCGUAGCCACCGCAGCCACCGCCUGGUCGUCACUCCGGCGUCGUCGCAGGGUGUCUAGAUCACGUCGCUUGGUUUCGCUAACGUCGUCGUCGUCGUUGCGCGACUGAAUCCGCCAUCAUGCCGGCCUCUGCGACUCUGAUCGGCGCUGCGAUGGGCCUGGGCGUGCAGUUCUACAGUAACGCCGUGCGAAAGCUUCCGCUCAUGCGACACCCCUGGGAGCACGUGCUGGGCAUGGGCAUCGGCGCAUACGCGGCGAACCAGCUGGUGGCGUUUGAGGUCAAGGCAGCAGCGGACCUCGAGAAGCAGAUUGAGGAGGCGCGCUCUGCACAGAAGAGACGCUUCAUCGGCACCAUGAGGCCUGAGUGACUGGUACUACCCUACCGGUAUUUGCAGCAGGGCCUGCUACGGAACCACUCACCCACCGACCCACCUCGUUUCGCGUUGAAUUCUGAUUCAAUCACCGAACAGGAGCUUACCUACCAUACCACACCACCAUAUAUGCAGUUGUAACCUGCGGAGGAUCAACAGUCAGAUAUGCUGUCCACAGGGGGGACAGCUUGCUGGCGCAGCUUGCUGCUGCUUUAUCGGUCGUCUUCUGUAUUCUGAUUCAAUCACCAACCAAUCCCCCUCCAUGUAGUAGAGUUGAGCCACACAGUCAACGUUCACAUACUAGUAUGGCUUUCAGCCCAGCUCUCGAUGAUACAAUACAAG